AUGGAUUCAAAUUCGAAAACUCCUGCAGAAGUCAUGAUGCCAUGGGUGGGCUUGUAUGUUGCUAUAGCAUCUUUCAUAUGCGUCAUUGCAAUGGCAGCCGAUGCGGUCCAAGCAGUAUGGCAAUGGAAGCUCUGGUUUCCAAAUAGAUUUUUCACUCUCAAUGCUGCAACAAUCACACUUAUCGCAAUUGCAAUGAAGCUACCGGUGAAUCUAAGUACUGACCUUUCCGACAAAAAGAUGGUAAGCAUGUUUUUCUUGGUCACCAUGUUAGCUAACUUUCUCCCUUCUUUAGGACUUAUGGAUGACAAAGAGCUUCUAAUGAACAUUGUGGCCUUAGCUAUCCUCUUGAUAACUAUUGUUGUAAAUAUGGGGAUCCAAAUUUAUUUGUCAUCAUACUGGGUUGCAUACCUUAUUUAUAUACUUCCCCUUCUAAUUCUAUGGCCAUUUUCGGUAGCUUUGACAGUUCCAUCAAUGAGAAAAAAGUUAGAACACAGGUAUAAUGAGUCACAACAACUAGUUUCAAUUCAUCAAGAGAAAAUGUUUUCCGCUGAGGAACUCAAACUUUAUGUUAAAAAGUACUGGAUGAUGACAGAAACUCGAAACCUUCAGUUUGUAAUUGCUUGCUCACCAGUUUCUUCUGCCUUUGGGGUUAUAUGUGUACUCUUUGCUUUGAAUUCAAGUUAUGAUUUAACAUAUGUUAUAAACUUCAAAGAAUAUGAUUAUCAGUAUGAAGGUUCGGACUAUAAGUGGUCACUCAUGAUAAUUCAUAUCGUGCAGUUAGUUGGGGUUGUUGUAGGCAGUAUUGCACCGAUUUUAAGAUGUUUCACGUCUAUCGGUCAUUAUAGCCUCUCAAAGAAAUUAAGCAAGAACCAUUUAAACGUGUUCCGGGUUGAAAAACACUGGAUCGAAAGGCUUCAACAGUGGAAACGUAACCAUGUUCAUUCACAUAUUCCAGGCCGUUAUUUGAAGAUCGUUUUUCAUUAUGUAAAAAACGCCUUUUUAAACUUCUGUUUAGCACUUCAUAUUGUGGUUCUGUCGAAGAACCUACACUGA